AUGGGACCGAAGAUGGGACCGAAGAUGGGACCGAAGAUGGGACCGAAGCACAACCUGCCUCGGGAAAAGCGUCCUCCUCUCACCCAUUUUCUCUGUCUGCCGUUGGUCAACUUCACAUCAAUCCCACAGCUAGAAGCAUCAAUUUCUGCUUUUAAGAAGGACUAUCCCCCAGUCGCAGUUGCAGAUCUGCUUGAAAGCCGUGAUAGAUCAUCAACCGAUAAUGCUCCAAGGACCCUUAUUCCCGAGGGCGCCGUUCGUCCCUUGGGUACACUUCAUCUGACACUCGGAGUCAUGAGUCUCCCAAGCCAAAAACGUCUCGACGAGGCACUCUCAUUUUUACAAACACUCGACCUAGCCAACUUGAUGUACGAGGCAGAGCUCGCAUCACUCCGUCAAAAAGAAAAGCGAGAUCCCCGCCGGCAAUCUAAGCCAGCAGAUGAGGCAAAACAAUCUGCGCAUCAAUUAUCCAUCUCUCUCGAAUCUCUCCAUGCAUUGCCCCAAGCAAAAUCUGCGACUGUCUUAUAUGCCUCGCCUGUAGAUCACACAGGACGUCUGUAUCCACUCUGCCUGAUGCUCCGGGAUAAAUUUAUUGAAGCAGGCUUUAUGGAUGGAGACUCCAAAGACAAAGAACAGGCAAAAGGCAACGCAGAUAGAAGCCAGAGCCAGCAGGAAGUCACCACCACCUCAACGAGACUGGAUCCUUAUACUGCAGCUAUAACUUGGAAACCGAAACCAAGGCCACUUCUUCUGCAUGCUACAAUAGUCAAUACGAUUUACGUGCGAGGGCGACCGAGACCGGGACCGAAAUCUGCGCAUGGGUCUUUGAAAUCUACCAAGGGCAAGAAUAUACCCAACCGCUUUGAUUUUGAUGCACGUGGUAUUCUGGAAAGGUAUAAAGAUUAUUAUGUCGAUGAAUCGAGGACAGUUCUCCGUGAUACCGUCUCUUCUACGAUUUCUUCUACGUCUAGGCCGGCCCGGAAAUCGUAUCCCUUUGUCUGGGCGAAGGACAUUCCGAUUAAUUCGGUGUGUAUUUGUGAAAUGGGGGCGAAGAAGCUUGAUUCUGAUGAUCAUGGGACUUGUGAUUUGAAUUCGCGACUUGGUCAGGAGUAUACUGUUGUUGCAAGUCGGACUCUGGAUUCCGCAGGUAGAUAA